CAGAGAACCAUAAAACGAAAUAUUAACCAACCCAACGGUAAUUUAAGUUUAGUUUCGAUAUUUCGUUCGGGUUCGCACCAUUGAAAAAUCUCUUAUAAUGAGUACAUUUUCUGGGAUUUUGGCCGUACCGGCAGAUUUCGGUCAGGUGUUCGUAAUAUCAGGAAAAGCGACAAGAACAGCAAAAAGAUUUGAUGUCAAUCUGGCUGCCGAUAAAUCGAACAUGGAAAUUCCGUUCCACAUUAGCUUUCGAUUUACGGAAAACGAUAUUGUUCGGAAUAAUCGCACCAAUCAAGGAUUUGGCUUGGAGGAGAAGCAGGUCGGUUUGAAAAAUGUUCGAAAUCCAUUUUUUGCUGGUGGAGAUUUCCUCAUCAGCAUUUUCGUUGGAACGGAUCGAUUUCAUUUGGCUACGAACGACUCUCAUUACUGCGAUUUCCACUUCCGUGCACCAGUUCAAAGAGUUACUGUGCUGCAGAUUCAAGGAGACGUCGAAGUUAUUAAACAAGUCGACCAUCGUCUUGUAUUUCCGUACCUACAUCCCAUUGCACAGCCACGCAAGUUAACAGACAAUUUUUCCAAUGACAUUCCCCUCGUACCUCGAGCCGGUCUUGUGAUGGUAGUCAAAGGUAUGCCGAUUGGUAAUGCACAAGGUGGCUUCACAUUGCGCAUUUUCGUUGGAAAUUCUGCGCAACAGGCACUGCACUUCGAUGUUAGAUUCGCUCAAAAUGUGGUGGCCAGAAACCAUACAUGCAACGAGAAAAGAGAAUUCGAUAUGAAGGACGAAGAACGACAUGGUGGAUUUCCGUUUACAUUCAAUCGAAUAUUCAAGAUUGCUAUCGGACUUGGAACAACGGGAUUUCGGGUUGCUGUCAAUGGCGCUUACUUCUGCGAUUUUACAUACAGAGCAAAGUUGGAAAAGUUUGGUGGCAUUAGAAUGACCGAGAACAAUGGCUUAAUUUUGAACAUACUGGAGCUGGACCAUUUUUGGCUAGACUCGUCACUGAAAGGUUUGGAGAAUUUGUCGAAAAAUUAAUAAAAACGAUGCAGCCAGCCCAAGAUUA